UGUAAGGUGGAAAGGAAACUGGCUUCCAUAUGCUGUAGCUCCUCUGAAGAUAUAAAAUUCAAUUUACUUUUUAAAAAAGACUAAAAGAGAAAUAUAUAACAAAGGUAAAAGAACAUACUUGAAAAACAAAAGAAAGCAAGUUAACCUGUUUGCUAUGAUCAAAACCUGACUGCACUCUUUUACUGCUCCUAGGUGCUGGUGAAGAAGCUGCAGUCUCGUGGCCACGAGCUAAGUGUGAUUCGGCCGGAGGACAGCUGGUUCAUCCAAGAGAAUUCAUCUUACUACACCUCCAUUACAGUGAAGCUUGAAAAGAAACACAUAGACCUGGACCUGUUUGAGAUCGCAGCACAAAGGAUUCUUGAGGCCCGCAGGAAGGGCCCGAUGGUGGGAGCACUUGUCCAGAUGUCUGAAUUUAUUGGCAUCAUGAAGGUGGCUCACACCGCAACCUGUGCCAUGCUGACCACCAUGAUGGAGAACAAAGCUCUGAUGAAACAAAUAAAGAUGGCGAACUAUGAUUUGAUGCUCACUGAUCCUGCCAUGCCUGGUGGGAUCAUCCUGGCACAUUACCUCCACCUUCCAAUGGUCUAUAACGUCCGCUGGAUGAGUUUUGGAGAGGGACACUUCUCCGUUGCACCUUCUCCAAUCUCCUACGUGCCUGUGCCUGGCUCAGGUCUGACGGACCGAAUGGGCCUGUUAGAAAGAUCCCGUAACCUUCUACAUUACGGGUUGAACCUCAUUCAAGAGCGGUGGAUGGUGAUUCCCAUGUAUACCAGCUUAUUGCUCAACUAUUUCCCUCCAAACGCCGACCUCCUCGCCAUGCAACUUUCAGCAGAGCUGUGGCUAGUCCGUGUAGACUUUGUGUUUGAGUUCCCACGACCCUCCAUGCCAAACCUCGUCUACAUUGGUGGCUUCCAGUGUCGUCCAGCCAAGCCUCUUCCUGCCGAGCUGGAGGAGUUCAUGCAGAGCUCAGGAGACCAUGGGGUGGUUGUGAUGUCUCUGGGAACGCUGAUCGCAGGAUUGCCCAGAGAGAUCAUGGAGGCCAUUGCCUCAGCUUUCGCUCGCGUGCCGCAGAAGGUGGUCUGGAGGUUUAUUGGCGAGAGACCUUCAUCGUUGGGCAAUAACACCCUACUACUUCAAUGGAUACCUCAGAAUGACUUGCUGGGUCAUCCGAAGACCCGUGCUUUCGUGGCUCACGGUGGCACCAAUGGCCUAUAUGAAGCCAUCUAUCAUGGGGUGCCAGUUCUGGGACUCCCUUUGCUAUUUGACCAGCUAGAUAACAUCAUACGUCUUCAGGCAAGAGGUGCGGCAAGGAUGCUGGAUGCAGCUACUUGUACCACAAAAGAAUUCCUUGAGGCUUUGAGCGAUAUCUUGGAGAACCCAACAUAUCGUCAGAACAUGCAGAAGCUCUCCGGUUUACACCGAGACCGACCUCUGCAUCCUCUCGACAAAGCAGUGUACUGGAUCGAGUUUGUCUUGCGCAAUAAAGGUGCGCGCCAUCUGCACGCUGAGGCCUACAACAUGUCCAUGUACUCCUAUUACUGCCUAGAUGUGGCUGCAUUGGUUCUCCUCAUGCUUGUGGUGACUCUGGGAGGUGUCUAUACAAUAUGGAUACGAAGAUGGAGAAGACAGACAAAAAAGGCUGUUAGAGAUGGCAACAAAAAAGCUGUAAAGGACAGCAGUAAGAGGCCGAAAGAGACCAUUAAUGCUCUGAAAGAUAGCAAUAAUAUUUCUAUUCCAAGUAAGAGCAAGCCAAGAGCAAGCAAAACAAGAAUUUAGUAAAAAUCCAGAGAACUACAAACUUUCUUUCUUUCUUUCUUUCUUUGCCUUUAAUUCCCUCCCCCCAUUUCUUUCCUUGAGCUCUUGCAAUUCCCAGCCAAGACUAAACUGCAUGCUGGUGAUUAGGUGCAGAUCCCUUCCUGGAAUCCUUAACGUUUGUUGUAAUCCCCCUGCACACAACGCAUUUAAGGCCAUUUGCAAAAAGAAAAAGAAAAAAGGUGAGUCACCUCACCAGUGACAAUGCUGCUGGUCAAUAUUCUGGCAUAAUGUAAAUCAGAUGUGAUUGAAUGGUAAAGUCAUGCUGUAUAACCUACUCAGCCUGUUCAGGAUGUGACAUACAGCUCCAAUGUGUACAAAACAUCUAAUCAUUUGUAGCUCCAUGAAACAAUUUGAUUGUAACCAUUCACUUUUUUUUUUUUGCGUAAAACAUGGUUAAUUACUAUUGUAAUGCAUAACAAAUGGUCAAAAUAAACGCUUUUAACAGAGUCCAAAACAGCAGGUUUCAUUUUAACAAGCAUUUAUAUUUUGCAGCAGAUUACCAGCAGGUGGUGCUAUGGAUAUAUUCAUAGUAUUACUCUAUUUCUGCAAUCCAAAAUCAGAUUAUAUACAAUUUUACAUCAGCAUAAUGAUUUUUAUAUACCAUACA